UGACACGUGUCAAUCAACCCCCCUCCGGGGGGCGCGCGCUCCGGGGCUCGCGCCGAGGGCUCGCGCCCCUGCCUCGUGCCUGCGCUGCUCGUAUGUAAAUGAGGGCGCGUGACGCGGGACGCAGAUGGACAAGGGAAGAGAGAGAAUGGCCGCUGCCGCCGCCGCUGCUGCCGCCGCCGCCGCCGCCGCUCAGUGCCGGAGCCCUCGGUGCGCGGCGGAGAGGAGAGGAUUCCGGCGGGAACUCGACUCUUGGCGCCACCGCCUCAUGCACUGUGUAGGUUUUGAGAGUAUUUUAGAAGGGCUUUAUGGACCACGGCUACGAAGAGACCUCAGUUUAUUCGAAGACUGUGAACCAGAAGAGCUGACUGACUGGUCUAUGGAUGAAAAAUGUUCAUUUUGUAACCUACAGAGAGAAGCAGUCAGUGAUUGUAUACCAUCUCUUGAUUCUUCACAGUCAACACCAACAGAGGAGCUAUCAUCUCAGGGCCAGUCCAACACUGAUAAGAUUGAAUGCCAAGCAGAAAAUUACCUAAAUGCACUCUUUCGAAAGAAAGAUCUUCCUCAGAACUGUGAUCCUAACAUUCCCCUAGUUGCUCAGGAAUUAAUGAAAAAGAUGAUACGUCAAUUUGCGAUUGAGUACAUUUCAAAAAGUGGUAAAACUCAAGAGAAUAGAAAUGGUUCAAUUGGACCAAGUAUAGUAUGUAAAAGUAUCCAAAUGAAUCAAGCAGAAAACUCCCUUCAGGAAGAGCAGGAAGGCCCCUUAGACCUCACUGUGAAUCGAAUGCAAGAACAAAAUACUCAGCAAGGGGAUGGAGUGUUAGAUCUCUCUACAAAGAAAACCAGCAUAAAAUCUGAAGAGUCAUCCAUAUGUGAUCCUUCUUCUGAAAAUUCAGUGGCUGGCAUGCUACAAAUGAAAACUGAUGAGAAACUGAAUGUGUCUGAUGAGAAUACAGCAAGUUGCCCUUUGAGCCCCAUUAAGAUGUGCCUUAAUCGUCCCAUUGAAUGGAAUCUGAAUUUGACAACAGCAUCCCUAACGAGCUGUACAGUUCAUAACCAAAAUCUCAAAAGUGAAGAGAAAUAGAUUGCAGUUCUUCUUGCACUAUCUUUAUUUUGUAUGUCAGUAUUCCUUCUGAACAAUAAGCAUUUAUCAAUUGAUCUUGAAGUAUUUCUAGUCCUGUGAUUUGUCUUUAUAUUAAAUCAUUAGCAUUAAUCAUUUUGAUUAUAUUCUUUAUAUGUUUUUCACAUGUUUUACAUCAGAUCAUUGUGGAAUUUUGUAAACGGAUUUUGAUGUUUCUCUUUUUAAUGGUAUUAUGUGAAUUUUUUAUGCCCUAAGUUUAAAUACGUAAUUGUCCCUAGUUUUAUUUCUGUGCACAAAGUUUUAAUAUAUAACACAUUGUGAUUUAUAAAGCUAGUAUUGUAAAGAUUUGUGAUGAUGACCUGACCCAUGAGCAGUUGUAAAACAGGUGGAUACCAACUACCUCGAAGCAAAUUGGUGGAAGAAAAGGCAAAGGUAUCUCUUAGAAGUAAAUCUCCUUCAACGUUAUAUAUGUACAGAAGAAAAAAAGUUGAUCAUAGCUUUUUGUCAAGUAGCAUGUUUCCAUUCACAGGAGAAUGUGAGCUGAUCAGUUCUUUCUCUGUAUUUUAAAUCUGUAAGUCUGUGGGCUUUAAGAGCAAUGGCACAAUUGCAUGUUUACUGUUCAGCAAAUCUGUGCCUCUUGGUAGAGAAGAAUACUGUGUGGUUUCUGUAAGUUACCAGUUUUGAGUGAAAAAUGGUAAAUGGAUUUACAUCUGUUUCAUUGUACCUUAGCCUUUUAUUUUAAAGUUAAAGGGAUGACUUUUAAAAGCAGGACAUUCCCUACCUUUAACUCUAAUAGUGCAAAGCACAGUUUCAGCAAUGGCUACAUGACUGUGUUUAAAAACUGAAUACUCAGAAUACUAAAGGUUUGGUGCUUAAAUUUAUUUUUCCCAUGCCAGAGAAAGCAAGCUUUGGUAUGGUAAACCACAUGAGAACAUGGCUCCUUUCUUUUUGGAUAGCCUGGCCAUGUGUGAAUGUGAUUUUAGUUUCUUAUGUUUCUAAGACUUUUCCUUACAGCACACUUAAUGUACCUUUUCAGUCCUUCUCCCAACCCUCUGCAAAUUAUCCUUAAAACAACAACACAUAAGGAAUUUGAAGCACAGGAGAACACAGCACCAACAAACAGAAUGAAGAACAAUCAUCUAUUUUUAACUGACUUUCUAUCAUUACCAUUUUUCCUUUUGCUUAAUAACUAUCUUGCUUUGUAACUUUGACUCCUUUUGUAAGUCCUAUGAGGCACAUAUGUAUAGCAAUUUGGUUCUAAAAACCAGUGAUCUUACUUUAGCUCCAUCUUAAAAAUUUCACCUUAAGUAAAUGGCCUCUAGUAAAUAAGCCUAAAAAAGCACAAUUAUUAAAACAGAAACAUGUUAGGACAUUUCUGAAUAAUAAAGAGAAAAGGUGUUUUGUUGGGUAUUGCAGAAAAUAGGACCAAUUUUAUAUAGUACAAGUUUCAUAAGUCAGGCCAAGUCAAUUUCAAGACAAGAAAUGAAAUUGACAGUGAAUAGUGCUCAUAAAUUGGUAGCGUAUAUAAAGAGAAGUUCCUGUCACAUUAUUUUCCCACUAGAAUUAUUAUCCACAGUAAAUAAAAUAUUAUUUUGUUUUGCCAAAAAUAUAGAGAGCAGCUUCAUGGUUAAUAAUACAUUUAUGUUGACACCUCCCUAACCCAGGAAACAUUCACAAACCAGGACUCCCAUUAUGCAAAUACUUUAGGAAGAGAGAUUUCCCAGGCAGAUAAUAUCACCAAAAAUGUUUUCACUGUAGGAAUCACAAAAUAAGUUUGUCAAAAUAACUGUUGAACAUUAUACUGGUCUUCCUCACUGGUGAUAAGCUCCUUUCUAGCCAGUUUGUGGUACUUCCUUCAUUUUCCCUUGAAAUGUUACUUGUUAAAUCUGUCCUCAGGCGGUUUCAUCUUUGUUGAUUCUGCCCAUCUAAGUCAUAAGCUUCUCAAAUGCAAGCUACUAACUAGUUACACUUGUAAGUAAGUUUUCCAUAAUGACAUGAUUUUAAACAUAAGGAGUUCAUAAGAAUCCUUGGAGAGACUAUUUAAAAACGAGAUUCCCAGGCCCACCUCAGAUUCUGAUACAUCUGUGUGACUGAUGUAGAUUUUUUUUCUGGACUAUAAUAACUAAUGCUGUCCUAAUGCUUUAAUACAGGCCAAAGUAACGUGGAAGCGCACAGCAGAAAAUCUUCAGAAAGACAUCAGGUUUGUUCUGAUUUUGACAAGAGUAACUUUAUUAAAGCAAAUAACUGGACAUAAUCUUAAAGGAUUCCACCUCCAUCGUCUUUCCUAACUUAGAUCUUCAUUGAGAAAUUGUGCAAGGUUAAGUUUACUUUUUUCUAGUGCUGCGGUUUUGGCUCGUCUUGGUAGUCUCAUCUUCAUUUCUGAUUCUGGUUCUGGAACUUCAUGAUCACUAAAUAGAUGUUGAAAAUACACGAAUUUAGAUACAAGCUUUAAAACCAGUUUAUUUAUAAAUAAAACUUCUUUGUUUCUGACUCACAUUCUAUCAUUGUUUAAUUGAUAGCCUGAUUCCAUUGACUUAGCUCAAAACUAAAAUCUCAAGCAAUAUCAAAAAAACACUGACUUGGCUAUCCAGCAAAGUGAAUCAGGGAAAACCUAGCUAACGAUUUUAUAUGCUAUAACGGAACCUGGUGUUAUACAGGAAAAAAGUCACAAACUUGUAAUGAAGCUUGUAAUUAAACGAGGACCAUAACUGUCCAAAAGAGAUUUCUUUGAAACUCAAGAAGUGACAAAAAAAUUAAUUAAGUUCUCUUGAUUUAAGCAAUAAAUUCCAAAAACACAGUAAGAAACAAGUUCCCCCCCCAAAAAAAGACAAAUUUAAUCAACAGUGUAAAACUAUACUGAAAAUACACACAAUACAAUUUUGCAAAUGAAUACAAGACAGCUACCAACUAACUUUCAGCUCUAACAGUGGCUUAAUUGACAGAAGCCAAAAAUAAACACUCUACCACACAAUAUACCCAAAUUAUAGACAGAAUUAUUCUAUCAUUAUCUAAGUGUAGAGAACCCAAAUACUAUCAAAAUCAAGAGUUUGCUAACUGAAGAUCAAAGGAGUCACAUCAUGUAAUUAGAAAUUAAAACAACAUAUUAAAGAUAGUACUAAAGACCAUGCCAACUAAUAGGCAAAAGCAAACAAGCCGUAAGAAGUCAAAUGCUCUUGAUAAUGGAAUUUUAGACUAUAGACCCAAGACAGCUAUUUAUAGUUUUCACUGUCUUGUUAUAUAUUUUCUCUCGUUCACAAGAAAAUUAGUUUUUCUACUUCUAGAAAUAAAAAGUGAAGAUAGGCCUCUAUAUAUUCUAGACACGCAUGACAUACCUUUCAGAGUCGGCCUCAGCAGUCUGACGCCUCCUGUUCGUCCUAGCUGAAACUGUCACUUUUCUCUGUCCUUGAAGACAGUAUAAUUCAUUAUCAGAAUUUAUUAUCAGUUGCUUUUUGUUUUUAAUCUAGUUUCUAGGCUAACUAAAUCCUUUGUUUUCAACACAACAAUCCUUUCAACACAUGUAUCUCCUACUUGUUCUAGCCAUCUUGGUACCAGUUAUCACUACCACAGAAAAAGGAACCCAAGCAAGAUUAAAACUUAAUUUAUUUUGUAAGCACUAAUAAUGAGUAAGGGAAAAUAAGGAAAUUUCAAGCAAGUUAAAAGAAGGCAAAUUUUAGUUCAAUGUAUUUGAGGACAGUAUAUGAAAAAUGUAUUAUAAUGAAGUACCUCUAUUAUUGCUAUAGCACAAAGUCUGUGGAGAGGCUCAUGAAAAUUAGGGUUAGAAAGGUAGGUUAGGUGCAUAAACAGGUGCUAAAGAAACAACUUUUUUUUUUUUCUUGGAAGGUGAUAAAACACAUAAUCAGUAAGGUAAUAAUGGCUUCUUGUAAAAUAACAUAUACAUGACCAAUUCAAAUGUGUUCUAAAAUAUAUUUCAAUGUAAAAACUAGAACCUUUAUAUACUGGGGAUUAUAAGAUUCUACUUACUAGAAAUUUACAAGGUUAAGGAGUAAGACAAAGUUUGGCUUGUGAUGCUUCUCAUUUAUAAGAAAUAAAACAGUAUGAAUACAUGAAGUUUGGUCUAUUAAAAAGGAUGGUGUUCUCAUGGUGUGAUAUACCACAAAAAAAAUCUGAUCAAAACCAAACUCUUCAAUGUUGACAGUCUGUUUGAAAAUUAUAUACUCUACUUCAUUCAUGUUACACUUUUCUACUCCUUACCUGCUUUUACUAAUGCAUUUAUCCCCAAGAAAACAUCCAACAAUAUGGGACUAAUUUGGAACAAUAUCCAGCAAUUGGUAUUUAAAUAAUUUACUGGUUACAAAACAAUAUUAUGACUAGACUCCAUUUUAGAAAAAAUUAAAUCUGCAUCGAAAAGGGCCUUAAAAAAUAGAUUUCUAAAAUUAAAAUCAUGGUUGGCUCAUGGGUGGAAUUAUUAGUGUUCCUUAUAGUAGUUUGCCUGGAUGUACUUUCUGAUUCUUCUGUAAUAAGCAUGCAUUGCUUUUGUAAUGAGGAAAUAAUAAAACAAUAAAAAGA